AUGGCGAUGGCCGUGCGUCUCUGUGUGGGGUUGCUUCUCGUCGCCGCCUUCGCCCCGCGCGCGGUCGUCCAUGUCUCUGGUAAACCUCUACCUCAUGGGGCGUAUAAAUUCCGCAAUGAGAAUGUUCCAUCAGCUGGACCCUGCAUAGCGAUCCGUGUCCCUGUAACACUGCUCCCCAUAUACCCCUCCCCCUUUUUCCCUCCCUUCCAGUCGGAGUCGUCCCCAUAUACUACCCGCUGUCCCGCUGACCAGCUGCUGCAGGCAGGAGCGCGGGAGCGAUAUGGACGCCCCGUGGAUGUUGCUGGCAGGAACGCGGGAGCGUUGGGGACGCCAGCGGCGGGCCCUAAGUGCCGCAACGCCUUCCCCGCGCGCGCACUAUGCAAGUUCGUCGACGACCUGGCGACCACCAUGCGAGUCGCCGUCGACACGAGCGACGGGAAGCUCGUUCGCAUCGGCGUUUUCCAGAUUUACCAGAAGUUCCAUCGGGACCUGCCGCCCACAAAGCAGUACGCGUACGGGCUCAACCAGCGCACCGCCGCGUUCCCCGGCCCCACCAUCCUGGCGCACAAGGGCAAAGACACCCAGGUCAACACGUGCUCCGCCGCAUUCCCCGGCCCCAUCAUCCUGGCGCACAAGGGCAAAGACACCCAGAUCUUUUGGUCGAACCGCAUCACGGACAGGAAGCACAUGAUUCAGCUGGACGACACACUCAUGAUCCCCAUGCCCAAGCACGGCGGCGUGCCCAUCGUCCCCCAUCGGCAAGGGGUCCCACAUAGGCAUGGGGGUGAGACGCACAGCAUAUACGAUGGGCACCCACAGUUUGGCGAGAAAGGACCUAAGUUCUCCACACAACUGUACCACUACCACAACAACCAGCGACCCUCUAUCAUGUGGCAUGGGGGUGAGACGCACAGCAUAUACGAUGGACACCCACAAGCCUGGUUCACCCAAUUCGGGGAGAAAGGACCUAAGUUCUCCACACGGCUGUACCACUACCACAACAACCAGCGACCCUCUAUUGUCUGGUACCAUGACCACGCCAUUGCUAUAACGAGGAUAAACGUCAUGGCGGGGAUGGCGGGCUUGUACGUUAUAGUGGAUCCGAAAGGGGAGGAGAGGGAGAUCAACAAGUGGGCGCCGCUGCCGGGCGGGCCGUUCUUCAUGCCAUUGGCAAUUGCGGAUCGGAUGUUCUUUCCAAACGGGUCGGUGAACUAUCCGACGGACGGGGUUGUUCCGAAGGAGCACCCACACUGGCAGCCGGAGUUCUUUGGAGAUACAAUUACGGUCAAUGGGAAGGUCUGGCCGUUCUUCCGGGUGCGGAGGGCGCUGUAUCGGCUGCCGAUCCUGGGGGCAUCAAACGCACGCUUCUACCACCUGCGCUUUCAGUGCGCCGUGAGGGGUGAUUACCACGACUUUAAGCCUCCGUUCAGGGGACCCAUUAUCCCCAUGACUCAGUAUGCCGUGAGGGGGGAUUACCCUGACUUCAAGCCGCCCUUCAGGGGACCCAUCAUUCCCAUGACCCAGAUUGGCAGUGACGGCUGUUACUUCUCUCGCCCCUUGCGCAUGCUGGGAGUGCUGGUGGCGCCGGGGGAACGUGCCUUCCCCUCGCCUCUCUCCUCCCUGUCUCCACGUCUCACCCACCCCUUGACUUCCCCCACGCCUGCAGGAUCGGCAAUUGGCAGUGACGGCGGGUACCUCGCUCGUCCCUUGCGCAUGCGCAGCGUGCUGGUGGCACCGGGGGAGCGACUAGACAUGCUAGUGGAUUUCAACGAGGCCCCCUCCUGGUGCCGUGACGUGCUGCUCACGAAUGAUGCCCGUGCGCCCUACCCUGCUGGUGAGCGCUCUCAAACACCAGCAGCAGCAGUCCACUCUAGGCUUACUUGA